UUCAUUGCUCGACCUUUACAAAGGACCGACAACACCCCUUGAAGGGAGAUCGAAACAACUGAGAGGUGAUCUUGCUGGAGCUUCCAAACUUGUCUGUUCGACUCGAGAAUGUUUCAGGAAGACGACUAUCUUGCCGAGAUGGCCUCACCAUCCUCCUCGUCCGUAGCAGAGACUAUCCUACCCACUCCGGAUCAACCAUACUCGUCCAGACGAUCAUCUCUCGCCUCUCCCCAAGUGAUGGAUCCGGCGCAUCACGAUGACGGCGACCGCGAUACUUGUUGUCCACCUGACGAUUCUGUAGCUAAAGAUCGGCAGGAUGUCAACGCUUCUACAUCCCCUGCAUCAUCAGCCAAACCUCAACCCAUUAUCAGUGUGGACAGAGCACAGAGACCGUUCUCAACCUCAACGAGCAUGUCAAACCGAUCUAUUCGGAACGCUUCCAACCCUAAUCCCCGUGCACCUCCGCCUCCGCCGAUCCUGCUUCGUAGACCCACCGACAUCGACAGUGCCCAUGUGGAGGAUAUACCAUUGCGCACGGGGUCUUCGGGGGGCGCGGGCUCCCCGUCACGAUCCAACGCUAGAGGUCUCAAUAUCGCUGGACUGGCACCAGUCUUGGAUGGCUCGGUGGAACCGGAGACGAGAGAGGAGCAGGACGCGCUGCACGCGCUACCUGUUGUUCUGCCAAGUCCCAGGAGACCAUUCUUUGCUGGCGCGGAUAACCAUGGAGCUCCAAAAUCUCCAGCUUGGCAAUCGUUCGAAGUAGCUCAAAGCAGAGCACCGGCGUCACCUAACAAGGGUCGGAGACAAAGUACCGAGCUACCAUUCUCACCUCUUGGACCCAACGCAAACGUGUUAAAUCUACCUGCGAACCCUUUGACGCCUAGUCGGUUUGAUCCCACACCACAGCAUGGGAUUCAUGCCCGUAACAUGUCACUCUUCUUUCCCACGCCUGGUCAACCAUCUUCAGACAAAUUGAGCGUGCCGCCGACGCCGAACUUUGCAAGUGCAGAGGGCACCGCCGUUAUGCAAGCUCCUCACGCGGGGUCAAAGCACAAGAUGCCGUUCGGAGGGUCAGGCGAAUGGACAUUUGGUAGAGCAGGCGGUGGCACGGCGACGGGCACACAGGAGACAAGUCGGAGCAAGCGGAGAGGUCAUCAUCACAAACACUCCUUAUCACACAAUUUUUUCUCCUUCCUCGACCCUACGCAGACCAAUCCAGCGCUGGCUCGCUCACCUUCCCCAGCAGUCCCAUCACCUCGGGUACUGGACACGCCACAACCCGUCCCCAUGCCAAUGCUCGCCACGCCCCACUUGCUACCCGGAUCACCCACUCUGAUCCCUCUACCGCCGUCCAAGAACAACCCUAAACGCCAAUUGUUGAUGUCAUUAUCCGCGAUGGAAUGCCUCAUCGGCGCUGCGUUGUGGAUCGAAGCUUGGCGAAGCGUCAGAAGGCCAUACGGGUUCGCUCGUCUCACCGCGCUACUGUAUUUCACACAGUCCCUUUUCCUGGUGUUUGCAGCGGUUUAUAUAGCGAAAGAAUCUCUAGAAUCGGUCGUUCUCGGUGCGGAUGCACAUGAGCAUGGGCACACCGAGAUCAGUGAGGGAGCCGACAGACCCUUUCCUCGCCUGCUGCUCCUCGUCGCCGCAUGUACAACCAGCUUCGCCGGAUCAUAUCUGGGUAAUCAUCAGAAGCUCGUCGAUGCGGUCGGGCCGUUGUUCCUGCCGUAUCGUUACAUGACCUCUCUCCUGGUCAAGAAAGGACCAACAUUUCUCGGCAAUCCGUUCAGCGUGACCACCACUGGCAUGUGUUCAGUGGCUCUCCUGGGUAGCGUGAUUGUGCCUUCGUAAGUACCUGGCGUCCGACGAAAGCCUGAUAGCUAUGGCAGCUCCUCCAUUCAUACGCUAGACUCCAGCCUGUCGCUUGCAUUGACGAU